AUGGGCAAGGUGAAGGGCAAGCAUCGUUUGGACAAAUACUACCGCCUAGCCAAAGAGCAUGGCUAUCGCUCUAGAGCCUCAUGGAAGCUCGCUCAGCUCGACACCAAGCACCAGUUCCUCCAAUCCUCUCACGCCGUCCUCGACCUCUGCGCCGCCCCCGGCGGUUGGAUGCAAGUCGCCGUGCAGCGCGUGCCCGUCGGCAGCCUUGUCGUCGGCGUCGACUUGGUCCCCAUCGCCCCGGUCCGCGGCGCCUUCUCGAUCCAGCAGGACAUCACCAAGCCCGAGUGCACGGCCAGGCUCCGGAAGCUGAUGAAGGAGAACGGCUGCUCGGCUUUCGAUUUGGUGCUUCAUGAUGGGUCGCCUAAUGUUGGUGGGGCCUGGUCUUCGGAGGCCACUGCGCAGAACGCUUUGGUUGUUGAUUCCGUGAAGUUGGCUACCCAGCUUUUGGCUCCCAAAGGCACAUUCAUCACCAAAAUCUUCAGGUCGCAAGAUUAUAAUGCUGUCUACUAUUGUAUGAAGGAGUUAUUUGAGAAAGUUGAACAGGAUAAACCAGCAGCUAGUCGUAGUUCAUCUGCUGAGACAUAUCUUUUGGGUUUUAAGUACAAGGCUCCUGCAAAGAUUGAUCCCCGUCUACUUGAUGUGAAGCAUCUAUUUAAAUCUGUAGAACCUCAGAAGAAGGUGGUGGAUGUACUAAGAGGAACAAAGCAAAAAAGACACCGUGAUGGGUAUGAAGAUGGCGACACAAUUUUGAGAAAAGCGUCUUCGGCUGCUGACUUCAUUUGGUCUGAGGCCCCUCUUGAUAUCCUUGGUUCCGUUACUUCCAUAAACUUUGAGGGUGAGGCAUCUUUGCCCAUCAAGGAGCACGCUUUAACAACGGAAGAGGUUCAAACUCUCUGUGAUGAUUUGCGUGUUUUGGGGAAGCAAGAUUUCAAGCAUCUUUUGAAGUGGCGGGUGCAGAUUAGAAAGGCCUUAUCUCCUGAGAAGGCUAAUGCUUCUACUUCUAAGGAAGUUGAAAAUGAGGAGAAUAAGGAGGAUGACGAAGACAAAAUACUCAAUGAAAUGGAGGAGCUGACGUAUGCUAUGGAGCGCAAGAAGAAACGUACAAAGAAGCUUCUAUCCAAAAGACGAGCUCAGGACAAGGUACGGAAGGCAACAGGGAUGCAAAUAGAUGCGCUGCAAGAUGGUUAUACUGACAAUGAGUUAUUUUCUCUCGCUUCCAUCAAGGGUAAGAAAGAUCUGGUAGCCGUGGAUUCCACUGAAUAUGAUGGUGAGAAUGGUGACCUGGGAGAUAGUGAAAAUGAGGAAAGCCAUGAGCAAACCCAAGAAGCAUCAUCUAGUGAUAUAGACUCUGAUGAGGAACGCCGAAGAUAUGACGCACAAAUGGAAGAUCUUCUCGAUCAGGCUUAUGAACAGUAUGUGUCGAAAAAGGAGGGAAGUGCAAAGCAGAGGAAGCGUAUAAAACAAGCAAAUUCUGAAGACGCUCAACUUUUGGAGGUAUGA